AUGAGAGGGUACCUUGUCAAUGUUUAUAAAUAUCUAAAGGUCAGGAAUACAGGCAAUGUGUUUGUUGUAAGCCUGGCAGUUGCAGACUUGGUUGUAGCAAUCUACCCGUAUCCACUGGUCCUCACAUCAGUAUUUCACAACGGAUGGAAUCUGGGAUACCUUCACUGCCAGAUUAGUGGCUUCUUGAUGGGCCUAAGCGUCAUUGGAUCAAUCUUCAAUAUUACAGGCAUCGCUAUCAAUCGGUACUGCUAUAUCUGCCACAGUCUCAAAUAUGACAAGCUGUACAGCGACAAGAAUUUGUUGUGUUAUGUUGCUCUUAUCUGGGUCCUAACGUUUGUUGCUAUUGUGCCCAACCUGUUUGUGGGAUCGCUACAGUACGACCCCAGGAUUUACUCAUGUACAUUUGCACAAUCUGUGAGCUCAGCAUAUACAAUAGCAGUUGUGUUUUUCCAUUUCCUGCUUCCCAUAGCUGUAGUUACUUUCUGUUACUUGAGAAUAUGGAUCCUUGUUAUUCAGGUAAGACGAAGGGUUAAACCAGAUAACAACCCCAGACUGAAACCACAUGACUUCAGAAAUUUCGUAACCAUGUUUGUGGUAUUUGUACUGUUUGCAGUUUGCUGGGCUCCUUUGAACUUUAUAGGCCUUGCUGUGGCUGUCAACCCAGAAAACACAAUUCCUAGGAUUCCAGAGUGGUUGUUUGUAUCUAGUUAUUACAUGGCAUAUUUCAACAGCUGCCUUAAUGCUAUCAUAUAUGGACUUCUGAACCAGAACUUCAGAAGAGAAUACAAGAGAAUUAUUGUCAAUUUUUGUACAGCAAAAGUUUUUUUCCAGGACAGUUCUAAUGAUGCGGGAGACAGGAUGAAAAGCAAACCUUCUCCGUUGAUUACAAACAACAACCAAGUGAAGGUGGACUCUGUCUGAAA